CGGCGCCUGCAUAUAUAUCCAAGUAUGUAUCCAGCUGGAGGGAUAUCUGCAACCAUAUACGCCAACCGGCUACGGGCAGAGGGCAUGGGCACCAAUGAGCAGGCAGUGCAAUUUGCCAACCAGGACUAUGAGGCACUGAAGCAAGAAUGUGUGGAGUCGGGCUGCCUGUUUGAAGAUCCCUGUUUCCCCGCUGAGCCUCCUUCCCUGGGCUUCAAGGAGCUUGCUCCCUUUUCCUCCAAAACUAGAGAUGUGGAGUGGAUGAGGCCUACGGAGCUGACAGGUGACCCUCAGUUCAUUGUUGGUGGUGCCACUAGAACGGACAUCUGUCAGGGAGCGCUGGGUGACUGCUGGCUCUUGGCAGCCAUCGGCUCUCUCACCCUGAAUGAGAAGCUCCUUCAUCGGGUUGUCCCACACGGCCAGUCCUUCCAAGACGACUACGGUGGAAUCUUCCACUUUCAGUUCUGGCAAUUUGGCGAGUGGGUGGAUGUUGUGAUAGAUGACCGGUUGCCUGUCAAAGAUGGAGAGCUCAUGUUUGUCCAUUCUGCUGAAGGCAAUGAAUUCUGGAGUGCCCUCCUGGAGAAAGCUUAUGCCAAGCUGAAUGGCUCCUAUGAGGCUCUGUCUGGAGGAAGCACCACUGAGGGGUUUGAGGACUUUACAGGUGGUGUGUCUGAGAUGUAUGAGCUCCGUAAAGCACCCAGAGAUCUUUACAGGAUAAUUGGAAAAGCUCUGGAGAGAGGCUCUCUGCUGGGCUGCUCAAUCGAUAUCACCAGUGCCUUCGACAUGGAGGCUGUUACAUUCAAGAAGCUUGUGAAAGGCCACGCCUACUCAGUCACCGCAUUGAAGGAGGUUAAUUACCGUGGCAACGUGGAACGUCUAAUUCGAGUACGUAAUCCUUGGGGUCAGGUGGAAUGGACUGGUGCCUGGAGUGACAACUCAAAUGAAUGGGAUGAAAUCGACCCGUCUGAGCGAGAAGACCUGCACCUACAGAUGGAAGAUGGAGAGUUCUGGAUGUCCUUCAGUGAAUUCUUGAGGCAGUUUUCGCGAAUAGAAAUCUGUAACUUGACUCCUGACGCACUGAUUGAUGAUGGUAUGAGCCACUGGAACACCACAAAGUUUUACGGUACAUGGAGGCGAGGCAGCACCGCUGGAGGAUGCAGGAACCAUCCCAACACGUUUUGGAUCAACCCUCAGUAUAAGAUCACGUUGCUUGAGGAGGAUGAUGACCCAGAGGAUGAUGAGGUGGCAUGCAGUUUCUUGGUAGCUCUCAUGCAGAAGGACCGCCGCAGAUAUCGGCGCCAGGGUCAGGAUAUGCACACUAUUGGCUUUGCUAUCUAUGAGAUUCCAGAAGAGUUUAGAGGCUGCCAGAAUGUCCAUUUGAAGAAGAAUUUCUUUUUGAGCCAUUCAUCGUGUGCUCGCUCUGAGACCUUCAUUAACCUGCGAGAGGUGAGCACACGGCUGCGACUACCUCCUGGAGAAUACCUCAUUGUCCCCUCCACCUUUGAGCCCAGUCAAGAGGCGGACUUUGUCCUCAGAGUCUUCACUGAGAAGCAAUCAGAAACAGAAGAACUGGACGAUUUAGUCUCUGCUGAAUUGGAAGAUGAGGAUGAAAUAACUGAAGAUGACAUUGAUGACUCUUUUAAGUCCAUGUUUGCUCAGCUGGCAGGAGAGGAUAUGGAGAUUUCUAUUCGGGAGCUGAGGACUAUUCUAAACAGAGUCGUCUCCCGACACAAGGAUCUGAAGACUGAUGGCUUCAGCAUGGAAUCCUGCAGAACUAUGGUCAACCUGAUGGACAAAGAUGGAAGUGCCCGUUUAGGGUUGGUGGAGUUUCAGCUCCUUUGGAACAAGAUCCGAAAGUGGCUGGUCAUUUUUAGAGACUUUGACCUCGACAAGUCAGGGGCCAUGAGUUCAUAUGAGAUGCGUCUUGCUGUGGAGGCAGCAGGUUUUAAAUUGAAUAAUAAACUGAACCAGGUUCUGGUUGCCCGGUAUGCUGAGAAUGAGAUGAUUGACUUUGACAACUUCAUCUGCUGCUUAGUCAAACUUGAAGCCAUGUUUAGGGCUUUCAAGCAGUUUGACUCGGAGGAGUCAGGAGAAGUUGAGAUGAAUCACACAGAGUGGCUUUACCUUACCAUGUGUGGUUGAAGAGGACUAUCUUUACUGGAGACUGGAUAGGUGCAGUGCCCUGCAGACUGCCAUGAACGUGGGAACCGUGAAGACCCUCAGCCUUAGUGACCAGAUAAUCUUUUAACACACCCCACCUCAUUUUACCAAAAGUUGCAAAGAGCUGUAUAGAGAAAUCCAAAAGUCAACCAAGUGUCUCCUGCUAGAAUCUUAGGAACUAUGCAAACCUACAGUAUGAAGCAUACACUGUGCAACCCUCAUCUCUGUAAAAAAAAAAAAAAAAAAGUAAAAACAGUAUGUGUAUGCAUGACAAAUCACAAGCUGUAAUGUGCAUUGCAACAGCUGAUUUUAUACUUUUACAUUUUAGUUUUGCUGUUUGUAUCCAUUAAAAUCUCAUGAGAAGCUGUUUUAGCUGAAGUUGAAGUUUUAAGUCUGUUCCUGUAGUGCUUUUAAAAAGUGAAGUCUUAUAGUUUCUACGAGUCAUUCUGUUCUAUGUAAACGUUUUUUUUUCUUUCCGGAUUUUAUAACAAAUAUUUUUUACAGGAAAUAAUCUCCUCAAUGUUCAGUUUGUUGUUUCAUUCAUACACCAGUAGGUGGCAGUACAGACUUGAUCUGAUGUCAAUGGUUUUUCUAACUCUUUGCAUUUGAUACUGAAGUUGGGGCUGUUCAAACAGUACACUAUUUUCUUCUUUGGUUGAAGUCAAGCAGCUGACCUGUUUAGUUUUACACCAUUGUUUUGCACUAGGAUUUUAGUUUAAGGAAGUUUCUUCACGAGUGACUGAGAAAUUUCAACUCACUCAAGUAACAUUUACAGGGAUCACAUGCUACUGAAUGCCUUAUACAUGACACUAGGAUGCUAAAAAGAGCUAUUAGAAAUGUGCCAGUUAUGUUUUUAUGUUGUGAAUGUAUGUUGUUGUGCCUUCAAUAAAUAUUUCCCUCAAAGUUCA